GAUGAGGACUGGGGGCUCACCCGCCCUUGAGCGCGGGCUGGCGGCGCGUGCGGCUUGGGACGUGUGAGCGCUGGGGAGGGUUGCGCCGUCACUCCCGCUCCGGUUACCGUGGUGUCCGGGCAGUUAUUCCCUAGAAGGGAAGAAGAGGAGAUGGAGUUGGGGGCCUCUUCAUCCUCCACCUCAUCAUUACCAAAAGCAGAAGAAGAUCACUCCUAUGCUAGGCCAUGAAAACUGUCUUCCUCUUCCCAUCUGUCACUGGUGGUGAGAGUAAUCUGGAAUUAACAUCACAAUGGAUAAGACAUACUUGGCUCUUCCUGUCCAUAGAAGGAGGAAUUGCUAGUUGGGAUAUGACAUCCCCUAAGAGGUUUCCUGCUGUCCUCUGAGGCCCAGGAGUAAGGGCAUCUGUUACUAAUAAACUCAGCAGAAUAAAAAUGUCUUUGACAGUGAGGUCUAACAGCAACAUACUUUGAUGACAUCUCCAGGGCAUUAUCAGAAGAGAAAUGUUCACAGAAACUUUUCCUGUGUAGUGGAUGAAUAAGAGGAUGAAGGAAUACUACAAAGAGCAGCAAUAUAGUUGACAGAGUCCCCUUUCCCUUGGAUAACUUCACUGUAAGCAGAACUGUGGUACCAUUGCAAAAGUGAAGUGUGCUGAAGUAGGUUGGGACACUUGCACAAACUCACUAUAAAGGAAAUUCCAAGACAAAAAUAUAUUGAAAUGGAGCAAGAAGCUGGCUCCCAAAAGUUGUGACCCAGGAUUUUGUAAGCCUCUUGAAGUUCUGCUGCACACAUCUAUCUUGUAGCUGCUUCUGGUGAAUAUGUCUAUGAAAUACUUAAAAUGGAGUUUUUUGGCACUCUCGAUGCUUUCUGUCAUAAUAACGACAUGGUACAUGACACUUCCUUCGCAUACUGUGUUAGAGCAUACAAACUGGAUGUAUUUCUAUGAAUAUGAGCCAGUUUACAAGCAGAACUUCCUCUUCACACUGCGGGAACGUUUGAAAUGCAAAGAUACAAAUCCGUUUCUGGUCAUCUUGGUGUCUUCACAACCUAUGAAUAUAGAGGCAAGGCAGGCCAUUAGAGUAACAUGGGGUUCUAAAAAAUCCUGGGGGGACAGUCAGGUUCUAAUACUGUUCUUACUAGGACAAGGAGCUGAAAGAGAAGACAGCUUAGCAUUAUCGAUAGAAGAUGAAAGCAUUCUGUAUGGCGACAUAAUUCGCCAAGAUUUUAUGGAUACUUACGACAAUCUUACCUUGAAAACAAUCAUGGCAUUUAGAUGGGUGUCUGAGUUUUGUUCAAAUACUAAAUACGUUAUGAAGACUGAUUCUGAUGUUUUCAUCAACGCUGGCAACUUAUUAAUGUUUCUUCAAAAUGUCAAUUCUUCAGACAGUUUUUUUACUGGUUACCCUCUAAUUGAUAACUUUUCCUACAGAGGGUUUUACAAAAAAACAUAUAUUUCUUAUGACGAAUAUCCAUUUAAGGUGUAUCCUCCCUACUGUAGUGGAAUGGGGUAUAUACUUGAUGGAAAACUGGCUCUGAAGAUUUAUGAAAUGAUGAGUCAUAUCAAACCUAUUAAAUUUGAAGAUGUUUAUGUUGGCAUUUGCUUAAAUAUACUAAACGUGAACAUCCAUAUUCCAGAAGAUACACAACUUUUCUUUUUAUACAAAAUUAACUUUAACAUUUGUAAAUAUAGACACUUGAUUGUGGUACAUGGUGUGUCUUCAAGUGAAAUGAUCAGAUUUUGGCAGGAUUUAUUGACAGACACUUCACUCACUUGCCACUGAUCCCAAUUAAUAUAGGUCUGUCAGAAGCUGACUGCUUUGUCCUGGCCUCUUGGUUUGAAUUGCACUGUAGAAAGUGUCUAAACUGAGUUUUGUAGAACAAGGAAACGGAAAUGGGGUUUUAGAAAGGAUCACUCAGGCUUAUGGGACCACCCUGAUUACGAGAUACCAUUAAAACAGCAGAAUAUCUCUAUAGAGGGUUUUCAAUAUGGUGGUUUUCAUUUGAGAAUGAGACUUUGUUGCACCUUUUUUAUUCCAGAAUUAUUUAGAUUAUAUAGUAACAGUAUUCUGCUCACUCUACCCCUCUGCUUCAUUUCUGAACAGUCUGCUGCAAGUAUGGGGUCAUCCUGCCACUUCCCCAGGAAUCUGUUGUCCUGGGAUUUAUGGAACUACAGCAGCAGCAUCCCUUUUUUCCUCAAAGAACUCUCCCACAAACCUAGACCCUGGGGCAAACUCCUAUCUGUUUUCCUUCAUAUGGAUACCCAGCCCACUCUAGGGAAUGUCUCAUCCUGUGUCCCCAUCAACACAUGAACUCCUCCUCUGCACUUCAUGAUGCUCAAAGUUGCUUGCUUAGUCAACACAUGAUUCCUUUAGAAAUAUUGUGCCAAGGUUUUCAAAAUUAGGAGCUUAAAAUUAAACAGCCAUGUUUUCACUGAAGUCAGCAGAAUUUCUAGGUACUCAGCAUUUCAGAAAAUCUGGCUGCUUUUUUUAGGUGCCUAUAUAUGUAUUUUAUAGAAUUGCUUUAAUAGCUUCAGAUAGCUGCAUUAUUUUAUGUAGUGGUAAUUGUGUUCUGAGUAUAUUAAAGUAGAGGGCCAAUCUACUUAGUUCAAAUAAACUUACUUUCAAGUUGCUCUGCAAUAUAGGAUAGCAAAAUUUAUGCACUAAUAGGCCCAUCUCCACACCUAUCAGAAUCCAGGCAGGGAGACUAAGCAAUGAGAUUUGCUGUGAAACUUGCCAGUUUAAAUGGCUUUCAAAUGCUGAGAUCAGCUUCCAUUUGCAAAAUGAACUCUUUGCUUCAGAGUUUAAAAUAAAAAUUUGGAAAUAUUGUUUCUAGACUUUUCUCUAACAGGAAUUUUAACAAAAGAAAACAAAUGCAAUUUCGUAUGUAAAGACCAGUAUUUUAUUGUCUUAGUCAUAUCAGCAAGGCCAUGUUUCCAGUAGUUUACACUUCUGGUAGACAAUACAGAAUCUGCAAUUGCAUUAUCACAGUUGUUAUUCUUGAUACAUCUAAAAUCUAUCACAUACCAAAGAUACAACAGUUACAUCCUGUACAUCUAGCACUGCCACUUUACUUCUAGUUAUACUGUAGCUAAUGUUAUGAUAUUUACAUUUAAUUUGACUUUUAAAUAGUCUCUUAGAGACAAAUGUAGAAUAGGUAUAAAAAAACUCCACCACUAAUACCAAGAAUGAGGUUUCAUCAAUAUUUUUUAUGUGCACUAUGAUCAAUGUUGAAUUUUGAUAACUUUGUAAUAAUAACAGCUUAUUAUUUUAAACCUACUAUGACUUGAACAUUUGUUUAUUUUAAUAGUGAGUGUUUGCCCCAUGAACACUGAUAUUCAGUAUAGCCGGACAGUGGUUAAUAUUGCUUUAAAAAAAAAUACUUUAGGUUGAAUCACAAAAAGACUUUGCAGUCUUCACAAAGCUCAUGUAAGGCAGACGGCUCCAGCUGAGAAAAUAAGUAUGACAUUAAGAGAAAAGUAACUAACUUUCUCCAAGCAAGGUAUUUUUGUGCCUGACAAGGUUCUAUGGCCCAGAGUGAGAAACACUGAUCAGCGAUGGCAGGGCUUUUGCCUUCAGAAAUGUAGAUUUAUACACAGUUUAUUCAACCUGAAAUUGUAACUUAAAGUGACAAAACUGAUCUUUUAUUUUGAAACAACCUCUUAGUAACAGACAUUUUUCUUGCUUCGCCCAUUUCCAAACAGAUUUGAAUUUAUUACUAGAAGCAUAAAAAUAUGUAUUGCUGCUUGCCAUGCUACUUCAACAGAAAUGUUGACUAUUUUAAAAAAACAAACCUGAUUGUAAGAGGGGAAUUUAAAAUAAUCUUGUGAAUUUACACCAUCAGUCAAUUUUAAUGUAGACUACAAUUUGGGCCCAGACUAUUAUGUCCCCUUAACAUGUUCUGAUAAAAAUGAAGUGUAAACUUCAGCCUAAGAUUUCUUUAUGAUCCUGUUUAUGAACUUAUUGGCCUUGCAAAUGAUGCAGAUGAAGCAGGUCAAACAUCCUUCAGGACCAUACAUAUUCUCACAGAGAGAAGUGGUAUGCACAAAAAUGCCUCAAACAGUGUUUGGUAUUUAGAGUUUUAUUCUAGUUAUUGAAAAUAGCAUUCACAAUGUAAAAUUACCACUGUAUCUAUCACCUGUAUAGUCUUCCAGUAGUGUUUGCAUAUUUAACUGUUUAGACAUUUUUACUGAGAUUCAUUGAUUGCGUACCUUCAAAUACAAAUAGUAAAUACUUAACCUGACUAGGUGCAUUGCAGGAUUAACCAUUUUAAUGAAGACCACAGACUACAUAUAUUGUUUGCCUGUACCCUAUUUUGGCAUUGUUUUAUGUCUGCCAUUUGUACAGUACUAAAAGAAGAAAAUGUACAGCAGUAUUUACAGCAAAUGGUGUUAAAUCACCUGUUUCAUUUAUCUUGGUAUAAUUAGUUUUUAAAAGUUUGAGUAAUUUAAACUGAAUUUAAUUAUGCUUGAAGUCUGUAUUCACAGUGUACAUAAUGUACCACACAAACUUUGAACUAGAAACUGAUUGAGGGUAAAUUAUAUAGGAUGUGAACAUCGAAUUCCUAAUCUUCUGUCUAUAUCAGACAUGUUACUAUAUGUUACUUAAAUUAUAAAACCCAGAAGCUGCAAACGUGGGACUCAUGCUGCACUCCUUAGACAAAAUUUCCACUGACAUCAAGGGGAUUGGGGUUGAGUGAUGUUUUGGACCCUUAUAGGAAAACUGUAGCUCUUCCUGUUCUUGAAAUAGAAUAUAUGAUUUGGGAGGGAUUUGAAAUGCGUUCCUCUGAAUGCUGCUUGUUAAAGUGAUCUACUUGAUGCUAUAUACACACAUGCUACAUUUCAAAGAUUGAAAAAUCAUGUUUGUAUACUAGUAGUAAUGUGUGAUGGAAGGGAAACAAACACUUUCCACAGGGCAAGGAUAUAUGGCUUUUGUCUUAUUUCCAUGUGUAGUGGGGUCCAUGUUUUCUAAAAUAUUAAAACUGUAACUUGGUUUAUAAAUAUAUAUGUUGGGCCUCUGAUAAUCAUAAAGGGAUUAUAUAAUCCCUUUAUGAUUAUCAAACAGGCCCCAUGUGGUUUUAGAUUGUUUUUCUGUAGAUGCCUGCUAAGAAGGUAUCUUUCUAAUCUCUGAGAGAAUAUAACCUGUGCUGUAUUAUGGUUGUCUCACCUUCAAUUAUAGGGCUUUAUUUUGCAUCCUUAAAACAAGCAAAUGCUGCAGUGUAUUGAAAAUAUCAAGUAGAAUAAAUUAAAGCCAAUUGAG